ACCAAAUAUGCUUCCAAAUGUUCUUAGCAGAUUGCUUUUUACUCGAGGCAAAAGCAUUGUUUGUAUAUAUUUUUUAUUAGAGUAAAACUCACAGACUAGCUAUUAAUAAAACAAUUAUGCUAGUCUAUACUGAAGAGAAUGGUUGCCAGGCAACCUUUUGUUGUCUUAUCUGUGGUGCAGGUCAGCGUUAGACACGCAGCAGCUUAUGAUCGGAUAAUAUUCAUAGUAUUCUUAUCUACUCAGCCAUGACAUUCAGAGGAAAUGGAACUCUCAUUACGCAUAACAACACAGCCUACAUCCCAUCGUCUCUGAUGCCCGGGUACUGUGGACACAUUCCCACUACUAAAUUCCUGUAUGGGGAGACAUUUGGCAAUUCGACCCUCAAGUACUUCCAAAACAUCCGAUCUACCAUGAUGGGCUCUAGCAAAAGCUCUUACAAUAAAGGUAGCGUUCCUCUGAGCUCUCAUACACAAGAUAGUAUUUUACCCUACUGGGUCCGGUACAACAUUGACUUCAAAAGGCAGAAGGAGAUCAAGGACUUCAACAUGUUGUCACAGAAGCACAGGGAAAAUUACAAAGAUAAGACUGGUACUGUGCAGCCUGUCAAUUACUUUGUCAUGCCAGUACAAGAGUAAACGUGGCUGAGAAGAUCCCUCCGGAGUCAAUGUAAUUAAAGGUUAUGCCAUAUCUGCAGAUGGAGGUAACAGUCUGAUGAAGUCUAAUGGUGUCCACCACAAACAUGUCUGCCUCAAAGGAUC